AUGCCUCCCAAAGUGGGCGCCCGCCAGCCCCAGCUCCGCGCCUGCUUGGUCUGCUCCAUUCUCCAGCCUCUCAAGGACUUUGUCGAGACCGGCUGCCCCAACUGCGAGGAUGUCGUCGAGAUGCGUGGAUCCCCCGAACGCGUCGCCGAGUGCACCAGCACCAUCUACGACGGCAUGAUCGCCAUGAUGGAGCCCGAGGAGAGCUGGGUCGCGCGCUGGCAGCGUAUAGACAAGAAGAAGCGCGGCCUGUACGCCGUGCGCGUCACCGGUCGCCCGCCCCAGGACGUCAUUGACGCUAUCGAGUCGCGCGGUGGCGUGUACCGUCCCCGUGACGCUGUGGAGGAGCUCUAA